AUGAUUUUGAGAAGGUGGUUUGAUCGACGGGGACGGAGAUUUGUGGAGCGCGAUCGAACGUUGAUUUUACGUAAAGAAGUGAAGAAACGUGAAUUGAAGAGGAAAAAAACAGAGAGUGUUUUUGAAGGAAAAAAAACGGAUGAAAAUAGGCGAAAUUUUAAGGAGAUUGGUUGUUUGGAGGAAGUUUGGAAGAAUGAGCUCUUAAGACAUUUUGGAACAGUCCGUUUUUUAAUUUUAGUUAAGCGGUUUGAAUUAUGUGGGAUUCUAAAAGAAAUCGUUGGAAAUGUUUUUGUGCAAAGAAGCAUCAAAGGAAACCGUAAAAUAGCAAUGAUGAUCGUGGGUAAAAGGUCUGAUCUUUUGAACUUUUGA